AUUACAAUAUACUCUACAAUCUUUUAGGAACAGAGGAUCGUGACCAAAACCACCGUCGUUUUGAAGUCAAUCUUCCCCUAUUUGUCCAAAACUAAACAGUUUUUUUUUGUUCCUCCUCCUCCCAUUUCGUAGAACACUAGUCCAAGUGAUUAAAAGAAGAAGUUACGUUUAAUGGCGGGUGGGGAGAACAACCAGGCUCUGUCUCCAAAGGCAACUAUACAUCAGACCUUUGGUGUUAAAGCAAGUUACAGAACGGAACAAGUUCGUGUUCCUUGUCAGAACGCUGGUCUCUAUCGAUGCCACUUGCAGCUUCCAGAAUUUUCCGUUAUAUCAAAUGUCUUCAAGACAAAGAAUGAUGCUGAACAAUCCGCUGCUGAAUUGGCUCUCGAGAAGCUAGGCAUUCACCCUCAGGAUGACAUAACGGUGGAGCAAGCUUGGGAUGAUAUCGUUCAACGCAUUAAGUAUAUAUUCUCUGAUGAGUUUCUUUCAGCUGAUCAUCCUCUUGGGAGUCACCUUAGAGCAACGUUGCAAACUGAUGGUGAACGUCGUGGUUCAGUUCCUCUUUCCGUCAUCGCUGCAUUUGAUGCAAAGAUCAACAGUCGCUGUAAAGUUAUCAAUCCUUCCGUGGAUCAAGAUCCUAUCUUGGCCAUGUCCUAUGUCAUGAAGGCUGCUGCAAAGCUAUCGGACUACAUUGUCGUAUCUCCGCAUGUAGCUUCACUCCGCAGGAAAAAUCCAUACCCUCCAGCUAUUGUAGAAGCUUUUGGACAUGGAGAAAGCAUACAAGUUGAGGCUGUGUAUACAAAAUGUGCCACUAGCGGUGAAGAGGUUGUUGAUCCGGUCACACUUGAUAUCUCAUCAGGUCGGUAUUACUUGGAUAUCAUCGCUAAAAAGCUUGGUUUGAAGGAUAGCAGCCAACUGAUUAUAUCCAGGACUUUUGGUAAAACUUCCUCUGGCUAUGAAUGUAGAGUAUACUCUGCCAUUCCUAAACUGAGUCCUGAUAAAUCAUCGAAAGCUUAUGGAAAGCGUCCAGUUGAUGAAGAAGAUCAAUCAUCACAUUUUAAUAAGCCUUGGAAUGCAAAAGCAAGUUAUGUUUGUGGUCAAGAUAUUCACGGUGAUGCGAUAGUGGCUGCUGUUGGUUACUCAUGGAGGUCCAAUGAUCUUGAACAUGAUGAUGUAACCCUAAAGUCUUUUUACAGGAUGUGUUGCGGCAUGUCACCCAACGGAAUAUACAAGUUCUCCCGACAAGCACUAAUUGCUGCGCAGUUACCCUUUUCAUUCACUACGAAGUCUACUUGGAGAGGUCCACUCCCCAGGGAGAUGCUCUCCAUGUUCUGCCGCCAGCAACAACUAUCUGAGCCUGUCUUCACAGUCUCUACUGCUCCCGUGAAACCACUCUCAGACAUCUUAAGAUCCAUCAAGAAGUUGAAAGACUCAGAGUCAGAUGAUAGCAACCAUCAGUGUGUAAACGAGUACGCAGGAUCAGAUGAUUCCUACAACCAUUACAACAGCAAGGACGAAGAGGAGCUACCAGUAUUAGAGAGUGGGUACAGAUGCGAAGUGAAGAUCCUCUCAAAGUCUCAGGACUUGGUUUUAGACUGUUCACCAGGGAGCUUCUACGAGAAGGAGAGCCAUGCUGUUCAAAACGCUUCGUUAAAAGCCUUGACAUGGUUUAGUAGCUUCUUCGAUGACCUGGAUGCUGACCCGGAACAGGGAUGUUGCUAUACGAAAGGACAAAUGAAUUGGAUGUUUACACGGAAUAUUAUGAUAAAAGGGAAAUUUCCAAGUAAUAAAAGAUAUGAACAGCCAAAGUCUGAGUCAAAGAGAAUGUAUAUGGAUAGCAAACGGAAGCGUGUUCAAACUAUACCAAAUGGUUCCUUGGUUAGCAUAUGCUAUUCUGUGUCUGUAGAGGUAGACUCUGACUUUUCGAAGACUGGUAAAUGUUUGAAAGAACUCAUAGAAAGCAAUGUAGAGAUGGAGUUUGAAGUAGGGAAUGGAUCCAUGAAUCCACAUCUUGAAUCAGUCGUUACUCAGAUGGCCGUGGGACAGUAUGCUUGCUUUGUAACUAAUUCGCCUGCGGAAGGGUUGGUAUUGGCUGCUGCCAAUGAUACUGUGAGAACUCGCUCACUCUUAUCAGAAAUCCCAGCAGGUUUGGAAUAUAGUGUGCGUUUGUUGGGAGUGAAAGGGCCGUCAGAAAAACGAGUUGAAGCAGUUUUUUUCAAGCCUCCGCUUACGAAAAAGCGUGUGGGAUAUGCAGUGGAACUUAUCAAAGAAUCAUCAGCUUCUACUUUGGUUGACUUUGGAUGUGGAUCUGGAAGUUUACUAGAGUCUUUACUUGAGGAGGUUCCAACUUCACUUCAAACCAUUGCCGGCGUGGACAUCUCACAGAAGGCUCUUGCCCGUGCUGCUAAGAUGCUAGACUCAAAGUUAAACAAGGGAGCUUGCAACCUCAAAUCUGUUAAACUCUAUGAUGGUUCUAUCCUCGAGUUUGAUUCCAGGCUGCAUGGCAUAGACAUCGCCACUUGCUUAGAGGUCAUUGAGCACAUGGAGGAAGAUGAAGCCUUUCAGCUUGGGAAAACACUUCUUAGCUUGUUUCGCCCGAAGCUUCUGAUUGUCUCCACACCAAACUACGAGUACAACAGAAUUCUUCAUAAGUCUUCUCUGUUUCACUCAAAAGACAAAUCCAUGUCACAGCGGUGUAAGUUGAGGAACCCUGACCACAAGUUCGAAUGGACAAGAGCACAGUUUAACCGCUGGGCAUCUAAACUCGCCAAAAGCAAUAACUACAGCGUCGAGUUCAGCGGUGUUGGAGGGUCUGGUAAUGUGGAACCAGGGUUUGCUUCUCAGAUUGCUGUUUUCAGAGUCAAGUCUUUCUCUGGAGUUAAAAAGGUCUCAAUGCAGCAGCCUUAUAAAGUCAUAUGGGAGUGGACAAGAGCAGAGGGAGAGAAAAGGAACUAGUCUUUGGUAAAAGAGUAUCAACCAGAAUAGUCUUGACUCUUGAACAAGUUUGUUAGUUUCUCGUUUGUGCUACUUCAGUUUAAAGUCUCCAUCUUUCUUCCUUAUUACACUCUUUGUUGUUUUGAAAAUUUGAAUCAUGUAACCUACUUAAGUUUUUAAAUUUCCUUUACCCUAAUAGCUAUAACAA